CCACGAAAUUACACGGAAGUGACGACAUCGAACCUCCGUCUUUUUCCUCAGAGUCCAAAACUGGUCUUUUGUGGCAAUGGCAAAGCUGAUUUUGCAGUUCCUAAAAUUGACUGUUUUAUGCUUCGCUGUCGACGCUGUGUUUGAGGAUCAGGUCGGAAAAUUUGACUGGAGGCAGCAAUAUGUUGGCAAGGUCCACUUUGCCCAUUUUGAUGCUCAUAUGCAGUCAUCCAAAAAGGUCAUUCUGGCAACUGAGAGGAAUGUCUUUGCUGCAGUGAAUACCAGGACUGGAGAACUUUUAUGGCGACAUGUAGAUAAGACCGGGCCAGAGGGACACAUCGAUGCUCUUCUGCAUCACGGACAAGAUGCGGUGCUGGUGGUGGGGAAUGGCCGCAUUCUGCGCUGCUGGGAUGUAAAUGUUGGUGGUUUGAACUGGGAGAUUGUGCUUGACUCUGGCAGUUUCCAGGCUGCAUGUUUAGUCGGCCAGCACGACAUAGUGAAGCAGGUGGCUGUUCUGAAGAAAACCGCCUUGUCUCUCCAUUAUCUUUCUAAUGGUCAUCAAAAAUGGAUUGAGAAUCUUCCAGACAGUGAAACUGUCGAUUACCAGUUUGUGUAUUCUGGCGGAAACGGGGAAGUGUACGUACUGGGAGUCCUGCCUAAUUCCCACAUUGCUGUUGUCACAUAUAGUGUGGAUGAUGGAGAGAUAAUCAAGCAGAUCUCAGUUGAAGCUCCAUGGCUGUCCAACAUACAGGCCAGCUGUGCUGUGGUUGGGCAGGGAAUAUUAACAUGUGUGGAUGCUGCCUCAGCAUCUCUCUACACAGUUGAUGUUCAUGCACAGUCACAAAUGACCCAAAUCCCUCUGCAGUCACUCGGACUUGAAGUUUCACCUGACUUCCGUCCAGUAUUGGUGUCCACCCAGCCUAAUCCGGCCCGGCGCCCACUUUGGGAGUUCUUUCUUCAGCUCAGUCCUGAUCAUCACCUGCUUCUCCAGCUCAACAAUGGUCAGAUAGUGAUACUGAGGGACUUCAAGCCUGCUAUGUUGGCUGCAUUUUCCACCACUGGAGAAAAGACUGUUGCUGCUGUUAUGUCACCCAAGAACAAAACAGCCUGCAGUCUUAACCUGUUCAGUGCCGAAACCGGGCGCAGACUUCUUGACACCACCUUGAUUUAUAAUAUGGAUCCUAAUGGUGGAAAAGCAGAGAAGCUGUAUGUGCAGUCGUUCCUGAAGAAAGACGACUCCGUUGGGUACAGGGUCAUGGUGCAGACUGAGGACCAUGCACUGAGCUUUAUACAGCAGCCAGCGCGUGUCAUGUGGACCAGAGAGGAGUCCCUUUCAGACGUGGUAACCAUGGAAAUGGUGGAUCUGCCCCUCACGGGAACGCAGGCGGAACUGGAGGGGGAGUUUGGCAAAAAGGCUGACGGCCUGAUGUCCAUGGUGCUGAAGCGCCUCUCCUCUCAACUCAUCCUGCUGCAGGCCUGGAUUUCACACCUGUGGAAGCUCUUCUACGAUGCACGCAAACCUCACAGCCAAGUUAAAAACGAAGUGACCAUUGAGACCCUGUCCAGAGACGAAUUCAACUUGCAGAAAAUGAUGGUCAUGGUUACCGCAUCUGGCAAGCUCUUUGGCAUUGACAGCAAGACUGGUACUAUUUUAUGGAGGCACUAUCUUGACAACAUCCCAUCCAAUGCUGCCUUCAAACUCAUGGUGCAACGGACUACUGCACACUUCCCUCACCCGCCUCAGUGCACACUUCUCAUCAAAGACAAGGACACUGGCUUAACCGCACUCCAUGUAUUUAACCCCAUCUUUGGGAAGAAGAGCCAUGUCACCCCACCUUCUCUGGCUCAACCCAUACUUCAGUCACUCAUGCUUCCCCUCAUGGACCAGGAUUAUGCCAAAGUCUUGCUUCUGGUCGAUGACCAGUAUAAGGUGUCUGCCUUCCCCUCCACAAAGAAUGUCCUGCAGCAGCUCCAGGAAGUGGCCUCAUCUAUAUUCUUUUACCUCGUAGACGCUAGCCAAGGGAGACUGUGCGGUUACAGACUGCGAACGGAUUUGUCCACUGAGCUGAUCUGGGAGGUGGCCAUCCCCAGAGAGGUGCAGAAAAUUGUCUCGGUCAAAGGGAAAAGGUCAAACGAGCAUGUGCACUCCCAAGGCCGAGUAAUGGGAGAUCGCAGUGUGCUCUACAAGUACCUGAACCCCAACCUACUGGCUGUUGUGACUGAGAGCACAGACUUGCACCAGGAGCGAAGCUUUAUUGGCAUCUUACUGAUUGAUGGUGUGACUGGUCGGAUUAUCCACGAGGCCAUUCAGAGGAAGACCAGAGGACCGGUUCAUGUUGUGCACUCUGAAAACUGGGUUGUAUAUGAGUAUUGGAGCACCAAGUCUCGCAGGAAUGAGUUCUCUGUGAUUGAACUGUACGAGGGCAUGGAGCUGUACAACAGCACCGUGUUCAGCUCUCUGGAUCGGCCGCAUUCCCCUCAGGUGCUCCAACAGUCUUACAUUUUCCCUUCGGCCAUCUCCACCAUGGAGGCCACGCUGACAGAGAAGGGCAUCACCAGUCGCCAUCUACUUAUUGGCUUGCCUUCGGGAGGGAUUUUGUCCCUGCCCAAAAUGUUCCUCGACCCUCGGAGACCUGAGAUAAUCUCUGAGCAGAGCAGGGAGGAAAACCUAAUCCCUUAUGCUCCGGAGUUGCUCAUCCGCACUGAAUGGUUCAUCAACUACAAUCAAACAGUCUCAAGGGUACGAGGAAUUUAUACUGCCCCCUCCGGACUGGAGUCCACAUGUCUAGUGGUGGCUUAUGGUCUGGACAUCUACCAGACGCGCGUCUACCCCUCCAAACAAUUUGACGUGCUGAAAGACGACUAUGACUACAUGCUGAUAAGCAGCGUCCUCUUCGCACUCUUCUUUGCCACAAUGAUCAGCAAGCGCCUCGCGGAAGUCAAACUGCUUAAUAGGGCAUGGCGGUAAAGCAGUCAGUCAGCAUCCGUCCUGUCUGUUGGCAGCCUGGAUGCUGCAUGUUGGACCUCAGAGACUGAGAGAGAUCUAGUAGGCCCAUAAGGAACUGCAGGGGUGCAUGGUGGAGUUUAUGGAAUAAAGGUUUUAACUUAUUUGCAGGCAAAGGAGUGAGGUCAUAGAGGAGUAAUUGUAUUUGUGCCAUGUUUGAAUGAAAGGUGACUAACAAAUUGAAA